CCAAGCGCCUUUUUGUUCCUAUUCUUUUGCUUCCUUUUUUUUCAAACUCUGCAUGCCAAGCUCUUCAAAGCUCUGGCGCUUUCAUAUCCAUCGUGAAUUUGAAGAGACAUUAUGAUGACCGAUUUAGCUCCUGUUACGAACCUUACCAAACAAAAAGCGCCAUUUCUACAACACAAGACAUCCUCACCUCGACUUCCCACAACAUGCCACACACUUAUUCUAUUACCCCAUAAUAGUCACUUUCAAACAAAAACCCUGGAAUUACGAGACAGUGUCCACCUUACGAUCGGGCGACAAACCAAUUCUAAAACGGUACCUGGCGCUCUCAAUGGUUACUUUGAUUCAAAAGUAUUGUCCAGGACACACGCCGAAAUAUGGAAUGACAAGGGAAAGAUAUAUAUCAAAGACGUCAAAUCCAGCAACGGUACCUUCUUGAACGGACGUCGACUGUCGGCUGAAUGUACGGAAAGUGCACCCACUGAAAUAAGAAACGACGAUCAACUAGAAUUCGGUAUCGAUAUCACCAACGAUGAUGGAUCAGUCUUAUAUCAUAAAGUAUCGUGCAACGUUCGCUUAUUUUCAGUACCUUUAUCCCAAGUCGAUCCAGCUUUUAUAAAGGAUUUGAACCUCGAUGGGUCCAACGGGAUGAAUAUGCAGCUAUACCCUGAUUCACCUCUCCAGCGAAAAUCUUCCACGCCAUCGAUAUCCACCAUCUCUGCGUCUUCCUAUUCUUCUUCCAACAAUUUAUCUGCAUCCUCAUUUACCGGCAGCGGAACCUUUACCAUCGAGAAAAGGUCGAGAAACUGGGAACACGUGUUGAACAAACUCCAGGUAAUUUAUCGAUAAUUUCUUUUUUAUCUUAUUGUUUUUGCCACGUGCAAAUUUGUUCUUAUCCCAUCGACAUCUCCUGUUCUUUCCUUUUCACUUUGAUGUACUUCCCCUUUUGGCAGAUGAUCGCAGUAGUAGCUCAUUCCUACAGAAAUCCCCUUUUGUCCUUUUUAUACCGUCACUCUUGUUUUUUUGAAGGAUGGUGAUUUUGUAUUGGAAUUUUGUCCUACUUUGGGUAUGACAAGCACCCUGUCAUAUCCUACGUUACUGUCCAAUUUACGCAUCCAUAGGGCUGAAUUAUGAUUCUU